CACGUGACUCGGAGACGCGUUCUGUGAGUGCGAAGUUCACGCCGCUACAAAGAUGGCGGCCUCCAUCGGCGCGGUUGCCUGUAGGGUUCUGCACAGCCGCCGCCACAGGCAGUUGCUGUCUGUUGGUCGGGGGCUCUUCAGUGGGGCGCGGUGCCUUGUCGCGGAGGGGGAGACGCACUUCGGGUUCCAGAAUGUGUCGGAGACGGAGAAAGGGGAGAAAGUUUACCAUGUAUUUGAAAGCGUGGCUAAGAAGUAUGAUAUAAUGAAUGAUUCAAUGAGUCUGGGGAUUCAUCGGCUCUGGAAGGAUAUCCUGCUGCAUCAAAUGAACCCUUACCCAGGAACUCAGCUGCUAGAUGUUGCUGGAGGGACAGGUGACAUCGCCUUUCGGUUUAUCAAUUAUGUUCGUUCCCAGUGGGAGCACCAGAUCAAACAGAAACUGAAAUCCCAUCAGAAUUUAUCAUGGGAGGAAAUCUCUAAGAGUUACCAGGAAGAGGAACUUAAAUUGCCAGGAGGUUCCCAAGUGGUGGUCUGUGACAUUAAUAAGGAAAUGCUAAAGGUUGGAAAGCAGAAAGCACAACAUCUUGGCUACUCUGAAGGCUUGUCCUGGGUGGUUGGGAAUGCUGAAGAGCUGCCCUUCAAUGACAACAAGUUUGAUGUUUACACAAUUGCCUUUGGAAUACGGAAUGUAACUCAUAUUGACCAGGCACUACAGGAGGCGUAUCGUGUGCUGAAACCAGGAGGGAGAUUUCUGUGUCUGGAAUUUAGUCAAGUCAACAACCCCCUUAUUUCCAGGCUCUAUGACUUGUACAGUUUCCAGGUUAUCCCUGUUCUGGGUGAGAUUAUUGCUGGAGAUUGGAAAUCCUACCAGUACCUUGUGGAAAGCAUCCGACGCUUUCCAGCCCAGGAUGAAUUCAAGGCAAUGGUUGAAGAUGCAGGUUUUCUGAAGGUGGAAUAUCGAAAUCUAACAUCAGGCAUUGUAGCCAUUCACUCAGGUUUCAAACUGUGACCCUCCUACUUUGCAAAGCUCUUGAAGGAUAAAGGGUAUUUCCCCUGAGGAAGCUAAAACCUAUGCAACUCCAAAAACUUCACUGCCAAGAUAGACUAUGGGGAGCGGGAAGACUUGGUCCCUCUGCAGAAUCUAAAGCUUCAGAUUUUGGGUUUCUGAAAAGUUGAAAUUAUGCUCUUACAACUAGGUCAGGAUCUGGAAUCCCUCUGCCAAUUACAUAUUUAUGUAAUAUGGGUCAAGUGAUUCCUUGAUGCCUGGUAUGUGCUCACUCUCAGCUGAUACCACUUUCCCAAAACCUCAGUGACUUUUGUAUUGGACUUUAGUACAUAUCUUCUAAAGUACAGUGUGAGGAUAUGGCAAAAAUUACACUUAAGACUUACCUAAGCUUGACAGCAUAUACACUAGUAAUAGAACUGGUUGAAGGUAGACAUGAACCAACUAGCCUUCAAACAAGAUAUCGCCCUAUAUUGUAUUGAAGUAAUGACUCUAGUUCAAGGUGGGUAACACCUAAAAUUACAAAUGUGACAUGUAGGGUUUUUGUGUAUUUAUUUUAAAGAUCUUAUUAAAUUUUAUAUAUCAGUCUUUCACUUGUGUGGUAAAUGUCUCACUGAUUUCUGAAGACUUGUCUGUAGAAGUAGUAAGUUAUUAAUGUAUUUCCUCAGUGAUGGGGAUAAAGUUCUGAAAGAAUCUGUUCACUAUCCUCACUUUAAUUAUACUGUCAUGAAACAGUGCUAUAAUUGUGAAAUACCCUACCCAUCACCUUAUAUCAUGUCUUCGAAGAAAUUUUCCACUAGUUUACCUCUGUAUCCUGUUAAGACUGGAUCUGGGUAACUUGUCAAGGAAACUUCUGCAGUAAUGAAUGUGGAAAAACUAGAAAUAUUGUAUUAAAAAUCUUAUUUGAGCUGCAUUCUGGUAGUGUUUACUAAAGUGUGUAGUUUAAUUCAAUUCUUACUAGCUUCCUGGAGGUUUAGUAAUCUGUAAUUUGUGUUUCUAUACCAGAAUGAGAGUGUAGGAUUGAAAUGUGGGAAGUACCCAAGGGAAAAAAAAUAGCUACAGAGUUGUCUAGCUCAGAAUGCAUAGGUGGUAGAAACAAAUCAUAAGCAGGCUCGAUAC